AUGACUGCGCCAUUGCAAGAGCGACGAUGGUGGACUGGGGAUGAGGACAGGAUUCUGCUCCAGGAAGCGGAGCUCCAGCGAACAGAAGGAGGAACUAAAAAUUGGAAUGCCAUUGCAGAAAAGCUCCCUGGCCGGACGAAUAAAGACUGUCGCAAAAGAUGGCACAAAAUUGGUCCCAAUAUCAAAAAAGGAGUUUGGACUCCUGAAGAAGAUGCCCGGCUGCAGGAGGCAGUCAGUUUGUUUGGCUUAAAGUGGACCCGUGUUGCAGAGUUUGUGGGAUCUCGCAACGCUGAUCAAUGUUCUAAACGGUGGGCGUACGCACUAGAUCCGAGCUUGAGUCACACCCCAUGGACAGAGGAGCAAGAUCAGCUUCUCCUGAUGGUUGUUAACAAAUUUGGGCACAACUGGAGCAAAAUCAGCAGUACAGCGUUCGGAGACAGAUCUACAUCUGAUAUCAAAAACAGAUAUUUCACCCUUCAGCGAAGGAAACGAAACACAUCCGUCAGCAACACGGUGGCAUACCAAAUCGACGAUGAGAAUCAUUCAGAUCUCGGCUGGCCAGAGUCCGGGGCACUUCCAGAACCGCCCAGGAACGCACUCCUUGAUGUUGGCACCACCCCCUCGUUAGAUUCCAGUUCUGAAACACCCGUCAGUAUCGACUAUCUUUUAGAGAAUACCGAUAUUGCGCAACUGUCAGAGAUGAAUGGCCUUAGUAACACCUCCAUCUCGCCCUAUGAGGAUGUUACGUCGAAGGACGCCAUGGCGGACCCCGAUCCCGACUUCAGGAAGUUCCUGCAUCAUUUUGACCCUUCCCAAGCUGCAGAUUUUGAUGGGGGCAAUUGGGACGCAGAUAGCCAUCUCAGAGCAGUCACAGGGGGGAGCUUUGGGAGAGAAGAGACCAACCACGCGAACAACGGGGAGUGGCCUGAUUCCAGCCACAUCGCAUCAACGAAUCCGACAGAAACAGAUACAGGAUCGCAAUCUUGCACUAGCACCUUGGUUCUGGAGGAGAUGGAGCCGCAGACUGUAACACUUGUGCUCAGCACGCUCUUGAGCAGCAAUUCCCGCUUCCGGAUGCGGAUUGACAACAAUUAGGUGCUCUUGGCAGUCUCUGCAUUUUUAUGUGUUCCUGGUCUGGUUCUCUAGUCGGUUUCUUGCCCUUCUCUCAGACUCAAAUGCCCCAUAUUCCUACAAAAAUCAAUUAGAGAAUCAAUCAGACUAACAGGUGGGUGUCGAUGCUCGCUUUACAGUGAGCAUAUGGUUGAUAUAUUGGAAUCCUGGAAUGCAUCGGCGCAAGAUUCGCCCGUGCCCACCAUUUUCCAAGCCAGCAUUGCUUAGAAAAUAUAAGCUAACAUUUUCUCUUAACAGGCUGAAUUCAGAGAGGCUCUAUAAAUAAAUUGAUCAGAGCCGAUCCGAUCAGCGUUGGAAUCUGGACCGGGACGGACUACCACUGCGAUGCUUGUCGUUGCCGUGAAGCUUCUAAUAGGCCUGUGGUUGCGAGAGGUUCGGCCGAGACUCUGCUUGAGGGUCACAUGAGGGAAAAAUGGCUGGUUUUUACCGCUUACUGGUCAUAUGUAUUUAACCCUGGUUUGUCCAAGUUGCAGCACAUCCGGUGAAGUUGCAUGCUUGGCUAUUAUGUAACUAAUAACUCAGUUAGUUAACGAGUCAUGGAGGUCCCAUGUAAGAUUCCCCUUGCAUGAUUCGAGGCAGAAAACAAUCCAUCCA